CUCUUCAUAAGCUACCGGCUCCAAACAAACUCACAUGGGGAAAUGUGAUAAAGGCAUUCCGUUUAAAGAAAGCUUUCAAAGAAUUAAUUUUUUAUAUCAGGCAGCCUAUUUAACUCUGACAGUCAACCCACAAAACACUGGUCUUGUCCGCUUUUACAUCAACACACUGAAGACUAUUGCACAGAGACAAGUUCUUAGACUAGACCCUCACUUAAAAAGAACGAUAUGUAAAAGAUGCUUCAGCCUUUUAGUACCUGGAUUGACUGCUACGAUCCGAUCUCGAAGGCGCAGAGAGAAGCACACCAUUGUUACCUGCUUAGAAUGUGGCUUAGUGAAACGGUUCCUUUGGAGACCUGAUCACCAACUGUGGUUAGACAAUCCUGCUGCAUGGUUGAAAAUGCCAUCUGAGGUAGACAACCCAACCAUGACAACCACUUCAUCUACACCACUUGAAGGUGCUGUGACAAACAUCUCUGCUUCAGCAAAGGACUUGUCCCCACAUGGCAUCAGCCAAAAAACUGAAACUAAUUCUAAAACACAAGAAUCUACAUCUGAAAUUAAUGCUGAAACUCUCAAUACUGGAAUUUCAUAAUGUUAAUUAAAUAUUAGUUUAUUUUAAUUUACAUGGUUGUUUUACUUUCUCAGUCCCAGAAGAUGCUUAUUAAAUUUUUGAUGAUGAUUACAACUGUGUAAAAGCAAGAGCAAUCCCAAGUCUUCAAGUUGUCAUGGUUAUUGUUGCAUAACUUUAGCCAUAUUUUGGAUGGAUUUAUGCCACGAAGGCAAACAGGAAAUACAUGAGAAAUGAACCGUACUAUAUACGUUAGCAUUGACUUUGUGUUUCCACUGCAGAUGGCAUUCCUAGGGAAUCGCACACUCAGCAAUUUUUUUUCAAAGCGUGUUGGUUGAAGAUAUUCCGGUGUGUUCUUUUCAGAGUUUUCGAUUAUUUCAUAAUCGCUGCAAUAAAAAAAUAAACAAGAAAUUAUGGAAAAAUA